AUGCCCACUGUGGAUGACAUUCUAGAGCACAUUGGGGAGUUCCACUUUUUCCAGAAGCAAACCUUCUUUCUCUUAGCUCUACUCUCUGCUUCCUUCACCCCCAUCUAUGUGGGCAUCGUCUUCCUAGGCUUCACCCCCGACCACCACUGCCGGAGUCCAGGGGUGGCCGAGCUCAGCCAGCAGUGUGGCUGGAGUUGGGACGAGGAGCUGAACUACACGGUGCCUGGGCUGGGGGUCACGGGUGAUGCCUUCUCCCGCCAGUGUCUCAGGUAUGAGGUGGACUGGAACCUGAGCACCCUCGGCUGCGUGGACCCACUGGCCAGCCUGACCACCAACAGGAGCCACCUGACGCUGAGCCCCUGCGAACAUGGCUGGAUGUAUGACACAUCCGGCUCCUCCAUUGUGACUGAGUUUAACCUCGUGUGCACCAACUCCUGGAUGUUGGAUCUAUUUCAGUCAGCCGUGAACGUGGGAUUUUUUAUCGGGUCCAUGGGGAUCGGCUACAUAGCAGACAGGUUUGGCCGGAAGCUCUGUCUCUUGAUUACAAUCCUCAUAAACUCUGUGUCUGGAGUACUCAUGUCCAUCUCACCAAGCUACACGUGGAUGCUAACUUUCCGCCUGGUCCAAGGGUUGGUCAGCAAGGCAGGCUGGCUAAUUGGCUACAUCCUGAUUACAGAAUUUGUGGGGCUGAGUUACCGGAGAACAGUGGGAAUUCUUUACCAAGUGGCCUUCACGGUAGGGCUCCUGGUGCUUGCAGGUGUGGCGUACGCACUUCCAUACUGGAGAUGGCUGCAGUUCACAGUGACGCUGCCUAACUUCUGCUUCUUGCUCUAUUACUGGUGCCUCCCUGAAUCUCCCAGGUGGCUAAUCGCCCAGAAUGAAAAUGCUAAGGCCCUGAAGAUCAUUAAACACAUUGCAAAGAAAAAUGGAAAACCUCUGCCUGCCUCUCUUCAGAGCCUUAGACCUGAUGAGGAAGUUGGCGAGAAGUUGAAUCCUUCAUUUCUUGACUUGGUCAGAACCCCUCAGAUAAGGAAACACACUUUGAUCUUGAUGUACAACUGGUUCACGAGCUCUGUUCUCUAUCAGGGCCUCAUCAUGCAUAUGGGCCUUGCAGGAGCCAAUAUCUACCUGGACUUCUUCUACUCUGCCCUGGUUGAAUUCCCAGCUGCUCUCAUCAUCAUCUUCACCAUCGACCGCAUCGGCCGCCGUUAUCCUUGGGCUGGAUCAAAUAUGGUGGUGGGGGCAGCCUGUCUGGCCUCAGUUUUUAUUCCCGAUGACUUACAAUGGCUAAAAGUUAUAGUUGCGUGCCUGGGCAGAAUGGGGAUUACAUUGGCCUAUGAAAUGGUUUGCCUGGUCAAUGCAGAACUGUACCCCACAUUCAUUAGGAACCUUGGAGUCCUGGUCUGCUCAUCGAUGUGUGACAUUGGUGGCAUCCUCACACCAUUCCUUGUGUAUCGACUCACCGACGUCUGGCAUGAACUCCCACUGAUGGUUUUUGCUGUGGUGGGCUUGAUUGCUGGAGGGUUGGUGUUGCUCCUACCAGAGACCAAAGGAAAGACUUUACCUGAAACCAUAGACGAAGUUGAAAACAUGCAAAGAUCAAGAAAGAGUAAAGAAAAGAUGAUUUAUCGCCAAGUCAAGAAACUAGACAUUUCACUAAGCUAA